AGAUAUUGUGGGAUACAGUGAACUAACUCUUUGGGUCCCACAUGCAGUGUCGCUUCUUCUUCUUGAACAGAAAACAGCACAUAUGUCUGCGGCACGUUGGCUGAGAUAUCACACUAUUUUGCUUGACAUGCCAAAUGUGAAAGUAAAACGCUGUACUGUGUUAAACCCUGCAACUCUUCUCCCUACAGAAGCAGAUGGGGAACCACACAAUUGUGUUGUGGUUGUAAAUGAAAUUUGCAGUCCUAGGUCUGAUUUGCAGGAAACGCCGUUGCAGAAUCCAGAUCUUGAGUUUUUUGUGGAUGGAUCAGCCUUCAGAGAUCAGAAAACAGGCCGCAACUGCGUGGGGUAUGCAGUAGUGACACAACAUGAAACGGUUAAAGCAGAAUCAUUACCAGAGCAUCUCUCUGCGCAGGCAGCCGAAUUGGUUGCUUUAACAACAGCAUGCAGGUUAGCAAGAGACAAAACUGUCACCAUUUAUACUGACAGUAGAUAUGCAUUUGGGGUAGUGCAUGAUUUUGGUACAUUGUGGAAAAACAGAGGUUUCCUGACUUCUUCAGGUAAAGCAAUCACGCACAAUGGCCUGAUUUCUGAACUCCUGGAUGCAAUCCUGUUGCCAAAAUCUAUUGCCAUAUGUAAGUGUGAAGCACACACUGGGAAACAUGACCCCAUGUCACAGGGCAAUGCGCAAGCAGAUGCAGCAGCAAAAUCAGCUGCGCAGAAACUGAUUUUUUCGUCAGAGAACGACGAAACUUUGUGUAUGUUGCAAAUAUGUACUCCCACAGCAGAUCUCAAAGAUCUUCAAUCACAGUCUACAGCCCAAGACAGAGCCACAUGGAGAAAAGCAGGAGGUGUGGUAAGAGAUGGGGUUUGGUACGGCCCUGAUGACAAGCCAUGUUUGCCAAAGAAAUUGUUUCAAUUCUAUGCUAAAUUGGCGCAUGGCCAAGACCAUGCGUCAAAAGGGGGGAUGUAUAACAGUGUCUCCAGAUACUGGCACACUAAGGGCUUUGCAAACUAUUCCCAGAAGUUUUGUGAGAAAUGUAUAGUGUGUGCAACAAACAACAUUGGCCGAGGCGUUAAAGUCUCCCAGAGCGCCCAUCCUCCGCCACAGCGACCAUUUGAACACCUUCAGAUGGACUUUAUUGAACUGACACCCAGUGAAGGCAAAAAAUACUGUUUGGUGAUAGUGGAUAUGUUCUCUAAGUGGGUGGAAGCUUUCCCCACUUCCAAACAGGAUGCAAGUGCAGUAGCUAAAGCACUCCUGUCUGAAAUUAUUCCUCGUUGGGGAAUCCCUGACAAAAUCAGUAGUGACAAUGGGACUCCAUUUGUAAACCAAGCACUUCGACGGGUGGGAGAGUACUUGGGUAUAGAUCUCAGACAACACUGUGCGUACCACCCUGCCAGCGGAGGGGCGGUGGAGCGAGAAAAUGGUGAAGGAAGCACUGCCUAAGGUGACGCAAACAGAUCUGCACAGUCUCAAACCAGGUGACUGGGUGGUGGUGAAGGAUUUCAGGAGGAAAAGCUGGAGAGCCAGGCGGUGGCUGGGACCAUUUCAGGUACUUCUGACCACGCAGACUGCGGUGAAGGUUGCAGAGAGAGCAACGUGGAUUCACGUUAGCCACUGUAAGCGGGUUCCUGAGCCAGAGGAAAAAACAACACCCGACAGCUGCAAAGAGGAAUGAGAAGGGGCAUCAGGGCACACGGUGACGUGCUAGUAACCUCUCCCGUGAGCUCCAACUGACUUUCCACGACGCGUAUAGUGUCUGAGUCAGAAGAAAACCCUGAUACAACGCAGCAGCCGACACCGAGAAGGAGCAGCGUCAUCUGAAGGAGUAACAUCGACACACACACAUAUGAAUGUAAACACAAAUGUAAAUGAAAUUAAUGAACUGAAAGAGGUAAAUGUGACAGACACUUAUGACAGCAGAUGACGACAGCAUUACACAUUUACGACAGCCAGACUCCCAUACAAACACAAAUAUAAGACCUGACUUCUACAAUCGAUCAACAUUGAUGAGUAAAAGCUCCUGUUAAGAUGAGGAGCCUGUUUGACUAUCACCCAAGAGUUUUAGGGAUCAUUGGCAUCCUUAUGAUCUGCCUGUUAAUUAGAGGGAAUGCAGAAAAGACUUCCACCUUUGGUAGAAGUCGCAGAGACGUGCAUGAAAACACUUAUUGGCAAUUUGCCAACUACACUGCCAAAAUGAUCACAAAUGAGUCUUGUUAUGUGUGUAUGAUUCUCCCCACAGCUGCGAGUAAACACACAAUGAUCCCCAUGAAAAGUAAUGGUAGUGAAUUGAAAGCCAUAGCCCAAUACUGUAGAAAUUCUUACUCCAUGUGGAAGCAGGAUGCUUAUAGAGUCCAGAAUGGCACACAUUUGAGUCUGGUGAUAAAUUCACCGGCCUCCCUGUGGUGUGAAGCUGGAGGUCCUGGGAGGACUGAUUUAACUGGUACCACCAUAUGUCUACGAACUCUAAUGCGUGUGACAAAACGAACAUUCAAAGUAAACCAAACAAGAGUUAACACAUUUGUUGCACAGCCUCCUCCUAAAUUGAACUACACACACUGUUUUGUAGGUACAGGAAACACACCGUUAGGUAAUAUCGCCAGCCGUAGGUGCACUCAUUUAUAUUACCCAUAUUCUGAUGACGGAACCUGCCCACAGGCAGAGUGUUCCCUCAUUCAUCCAUCUGACACCGGCACAUUACUCAGGGCUGACGACUGGUACUGGGUCUGUGGUAAAAACGUGUAUCUAGCCCUACCCCGUAACUGGGGAGGAGUAUGUACUUUAGCAAGGUUUAGGUAUCCAGGUGUGGUCAUAGCUCACUCACACUCACCAAUAAAGCGACCCAAGAGAGAGGUGUCUUAUAAUGACUUUCCUCCGCCAGAACAUAGACUGAAACCUACACUGAGUAAAUUCUUUGAUUCCUUCUUCCCACAGUAUGGGAUGACUCAGGUUUGGAAUCAACUAGAAGUCACACAUUAUCGGCUUGCCACUUAUAUUAACUCCACUAAUCGGGCAACCGAAGGCAUUAAACAGGAACUCGCGGCCCUUAGAUUGACUGCUACACAAAAUAGAAUGGCCUUAGAUAUUCUAUUAGCUAAAGAGGGAGGUGUAUGUGCCCUGAUUGGAGAUCAAUGUUGCACCUUCAUUCCCUCGAAUGAUGACGACCAUGGGUCUAUCUCAGAUGCACUGCAUGAUAUGCACAAAGUAGCAAACCAAAUGAAACGAGACGAACACGGAGAUAAUAGUUGGGGACUUUGGUAUACACUGUUCGGACAGUGGACUCCCUAUCUAU